GAAAUGAUGUUUCGACAAUCUUUACUUGGCAAAAAUCGUGUUAAUCUUUCUGCUCCUCAUUCCUACACUAGUUGUGUUGAAGCUAAAACGAUUAAUAUUUCUUAUCCCUCGAGUACGACAGUAAUCACUGAUCCGUUUGACAUCAUUCAUACUGAUCUCUGGGGACCAUCUCCUACCAUCUCUCGUUGUGGCUAUCGUUAUUUCGCUCUUUUUAUUGACCAUGCCACUAGAUUUACUUGGGUUUACUUUUUUCGCCUAAAAUCAGAACUCAAAUCUGUCGCUACUGAUUUCUUGAAAAUGAUUCAAACUCAGUUCGAUCAUCCAGUCAAAAUUAUUCGUUCUGACCCUGGUGGUGAAUUCAGUUCAGCUCCGUUGUAUGAAGUUUAUCGGUCUCUUGGUGUUCUGACUCAUCAGUCCUGUCCCGGUAUUUCUCAGCAAAAUGGUUUAGUACAAAGGAAAAACCCCAUGUUAUGGAUUUAACUCGUGCCCUUCUGUAAGCGUCUCUUGUUCCUGGUCGUUUCUGGCCUGAAGCAGUUGCCACUGUUGUUCGUCUCAUAAGUUACCAAAUUACUCCUAUUCUACGAAACACAAGUCCCUUUUUUUGCUCUCUACUCCCGUCAUCCUGAUUACACAAGUCCCUUUGUUCUUCUUCCAAAGCGCGAACGUACGAAACUCACAUAAAAAACUGCUCGGUGUGUUUUUUUGGGAUAUAGUGACGUAAACAAAGGAUACUUGUGUUAUGAUCCUCUUGUUCAGCGUGUCUGAAUCGCCAGUACUAUCAUCUUUUUUGAAAAUAUCAUGUUCCAUUCCUCUGAGUCUUCUUCGGGUGACUUUUUUCCUGCCAAUCUUCCUCCUCCCACGUUUGCCGACGAAGUGGAUGAAGAAUUUUUCCCUGCUGUGGAUCCACCCAAUCCUCCCUCUCCGGAUCUGUCUCCCGACACGUCAACUGCUUCCUCGCCUCCAACCACUGCUUUGUCCACUUCAUCAAUUGCUGCCUCGCCCAGCUCACAUACCACCACCGACACCAGUUCAUCUUCGACACCUGCUGCCUCGCCCAGCUUGCAUACCACCGUCAACACAAGCCCAUCCUCCAGAGCCCCAAAUUCGCCUCUUCAUGAUACCCAGCCAGCUCCCCGUCGUUCAGAACGGUUCACCAAAGGGGUUCCUCCACCAAAAUUUAAUGACUACCUAGAAUAUGGCGUGGACUCUAUAGCUGUUCCGACUCAUUACCGUCAAGCCAAGGGCCAUCCUUUGUGGGAAGCAGCUAUGCGUCGAGAAUUAGAGGCUCUUCAUGCGAAUAAUACGUGGACUCUAGUUCCUCGUCCACCUUCCUCUACUUCGGUUGUCGGUUGUCGUUGGGUCUACACUGUCAAAACGAAACCAGAUGGUACGGUGAAUCAGUAUAAGGCACGACUAGUUGCUCAGGGAUUUACUCAGGAAUAUGGCAUAGACUGCAGUGAGACGUUCGCACCGGUUGCUAAGGUGGCAACGGUUCGUACUUUAUUGUCAGUUGCUUCUCUUCGUCAGUGGCCCUUGUAUCAGAUGGACGUCAAAAAUUCUUUUUUUCACAGCGACUUAGAUGAAGUGAUUUACAUGGAGCCACCUCCCGGAUAUCCUCUUGCUUCUCCUGAUCAGAUUUGUCGACUUAAUCGAUCCUUGUAUGGUCUCAAACAGGCACCUCGUGCUUGGUUUGAUAAAUUUCAUACCACUAUCUCCAACUUGGGUUUUCAACAGAGUCGCAACGACCCAUCAUUGUUUACUCGCACUACUGCAGCUGGUGCUGUUGCUCUUCUCUUAUACGUCGAUGAUAUGGCGAUCACGGGGUCUGAUCAUGACGGUAUUCAACGUCUCAAAGAAGGUCUCAAUGCUUCUUUUAAUCUAAAAGAUCUGGGUGAGUUAUCAUAUUUUUUAGGCCUGGAGGUUAAUCGUGACUCUCGUGGAAUUUUGCUAUGUCAGCAUAAGUAUAUCCCCGACUUGAUGGAUGAUCAUCAAUUCAUAGACUGCAGGCCGGUUUCUACACCUAUGGAGCUCAAUCUACGUCUUGGACGUGAUUCAGGCAUGUUAUUACCCGACAAUAAGGUUUAUAGGAGUAUUGUUGGGAGUCUUAUUUAUCUAUCAGCUACCAGACCUGACAUUUCCUAUGCAGUCCAAGUUGUAAGUCAGUUUAUGGAUGCUCCUCGCUCUGAUCAUUUGGCAGCAGUUCAUCGGAUUUUGCGUUAUCUGCAAGGAACAUGUAAUGUCGGUAUCUUCUUCCCUUCGACUGGUGAUCUUUGUCUUCAGGCCUUCUCGGAUUCCGACUUUGCUGGAUGUGUCGAUUCGCGGUGAUCUACCUCUGGUUGGUGUGUACAGUUUGGUAUAUCCUUUUUGUAAGAAGCAUGAUAAAGUUUCUAAGUCAUCUAUAGAGGCUAAGUAUCGCUCCAUGUCCGAGGUUUAUUCUGAGCUCAUAUGGUUACAACGUCUUCUCCAAGAUUUUGAUGUGGCGUGCUCUCCCUCUUAAUCUCUUUGUGGAAAACACUAGUGCCAUCCGUAUCGCGGUUAAUCCUGUGAUUCAUGAUCGUACCAAGCAUAUCGAGAUACAUGUGCACUAUGUUUGAGAUUUGGUUAAUGCUGGGACUGUCUCUCUUCAUCAUAUUCGAACUGAGGAUCAGGUUGCGGAUAUUUUUACGAAGUCAUUCACCACUAGCCGUCACUGGUACCUGUCGAGCAAAUUGAUGCUUUUCGACCAGCAUCAAUUUGGGGGGAGGCUGUUAGCGGAUUAUACAGGCCCAUGUUUAGGCCUUCUUUUCUUUUAUUUCCAUUACGUUUUGUGUAGCCCAUUUAUUGUGCCCAUGAAGCUCAUGCAGGGGCUGCUCGUGUACGUGGAGAGAGUAGCUCUAGGGUUUAUUUUGUGAUCCCUUCUCGUUGUAUAUAGGCAGAAUGAAGGCUGUGAGAGAGUUACAGAAUACAUACACAAUAAGAUCAGUAUCUCGAAGAGUUUUCACUCUUCCGUGGAUUAGUCCUGGAUUCUCCAGGGAUACCACGUAAAUCCUGUGUCUAUUUCAUGCUUUCCUUUGCAUUCUCGUUCAGUUCAUCAUCAUCAAAUCAGGAUAAUCAAACAUUUUAUUUAAAUAGUAUAUAAUUGGGGGUUGACCCGAUCUGCCACAUACCCGCACAGGAUUUACCCACGUCAACCCACAAUUAAGUGAGGCGGGACAUGAGUAUUGAGGUACCCACCCCACUCCGAGCCAUUGCCAUCACUAAUUUCCCGUUAUGGAAUUGAAAAGGGCCAGAAUAUGAGUGUGUGGUUCGGGUGAUCUAUUUAGCCGACAAUUCAAAAGUAAUGACAAACUAUAUGAAAAAUGAAAGUGAUGAAAACAUAAGUUAAUUAACUAACGUGCAUAUAAGUAUUCUUCGUGUUAAAUUUGGAAGGUUGUUGUUUGAAGUAAAAACUCGAUUUGUGGUCUGUGGAUAUCAAAGUUGACAUUUAGCUUUUAUGGGCUAAAAUUUAUCCUGUUAGCUCAAAGGGCAGACUAGAAACACGGGAAAUCACAUUACAAAAUUCAUGGGAGUGGAUAGCGUGACAAUCCUUAAGGGGUUGUCAAUCUCGCUUCCCUCCUCGUUGUCGUUCAUUUCCCUUUUUCAUCCAACGACCUGGAUUACAGGAAGGGCUUUUUAGUAAGCACCUAAUUCUAGUAAUUUAAAUUAAACUUACAUCUUCUUAAAUCGUCCAAAUAAACUAAUAAAUAAUAACAUAUCGGUGAUUGGUCCAAUUUUUCAGAUGAUGGUUAGUUUCAAAAUUUGAACUAAAAAAUGGUAAAUAUUUUGUCCCCUCCCUUCAAAUGAUUUAGAGAGAAAAGAGUUAGAACCAAAAUCACUCUCUUUUAGGAUUUACCUCAAUAAUACCAAAAAAGAUAAUUUUAUAUAAGACAUAACAUACACUUUACAUCAGUGGGGUGGGGCCUGAAAUUUCAACAAAGAGGCUAAAAAUUUUACACUUAUGGAUUUGAACCAUAGUUAUUAAAGAGAAUUAGGUAGAAUCUUACCAACUAGUUUAUUUUUCAAUUUUGUUAAAAAAUUUAAAUGUACAUACAGUUUGGUAUAAAUGAAUUCCAUAAGUUUUU